ACCGCUACAGUACCCUGCAGACUGACAGGACGAUAGAAGCCUCAUUGUGCAGCAGUUACUCUUUAUAGAUUUUGUAUGUUUUUAUUUUCUUCAAACCUCUGGUGAAAAGUAUUUAGUAUAAUUAGGUUUCAUCUUAAAAAAUGGGGGCUGAUUCUGGACUAAAUAUAUCAGAUGAUCUUGCAAUUUAUGGGGGAAAAAGUGCCUUUACCCAAAAGGAGCAUAAUAUUGUGGCUGGAUAUCUGAUUACUGCAGGCGUUAUCAGUUUAUCAAGCAACAUUGUGGUGCUGCUAAUGUUUCUGAAGUACAGGGAGCUCCGCACUGCCACCAACUUCAUCAUCAUCAACCUGGCUUUUACUGACGUCGGAGUGGCUGGCAUCGGCUAUCCCAUGUCUGCAGCCUCAGACAUCCAUGGCAGUUGGAAAUUUGGUGACACCGGUUGUCAGAUUUAUGCAGCUCUCAACAUCUUCUUCGGAAUGGCCAGUAUUGGCCUGUUGACGGUCGUGGCCAUCGACCGCUAUCUCACCAUCUGCAGGCCAGACAUAAGUCAGAAACUCUCGUCUCGCUCCUACAACCUCCUGAUUCUGGCAGCGUGGCUCAAUGCCGUGUUCUGGUCCUCCAUGCCCAUAGUGGGCUGGGCGGCCUAUGCCCCUGACCCAACCGGAGCCACCUGCACCAUUAACUGGAGACAGAACGAUGCCUCCUUCGUCUCCUACACCAUGGCUGUGAUCGCUGUGAACUUCGUGGUGCCUCUCUCUGUCAUGUUUUACUGCUACUACAGCGUGUCUGCCACUGUGAAGAGAUACAAAGCCAGCAACUGCCUGGACAGCAUCAACAUCGACUGGUCGGAUCAGAUGGACGUCACCAAGAUGUCCAUCGUGAUGAUUGUCAUGUUCCUGGUGGCCUGGUCCCCCUACUCCAUAGUUUGCCUCUGGGCAUCGUUUGGUGACCCCAGGACCAUACCUGCCCCCAUGGCUAUCAUCGCGCCGCUCUUCGCUAAGUCUUCCACCUUCUACAACCCAUGCAUUUACGUUGUUGCCAACAAAAAGUUCAGAAGAGCCAUCAUUGGGUUGAUUCGAUGUCAAACCAGGCAGAGAAUUACCAUCAAUACCCAGGUUCCCAUGACAACAUCCCAGCAACCUCUGACCCCAUGAGAAACCCUACGCUGUGUUACAUUACACUAAAGAUACCGUGAUAAGAAAAAACAUCAGCCACCCAGUUCAGUAAUGUGAU